UCCUUUCAUAUUCUCAGACAUGGCGAAAUCUGUGCCUCUUGUUUCCACCAUUUUCGUCCUCCUUCUCCUUUUGGUCGCCACUGAAAUGGGGCCGAUGGCCGCAGAAGCAAGGACGUGCGAGUCUCAGAGCCACCGCUUCAAGGGGACCUGUCUGAGCAAAUCUAACUGCGCCUCCGUUUGCCAGACCGAGGGCUUCCCCGACGGCCACUGCAGUGGCUUCCGUCGCCGUUGCUUCUGCGACAAACCAUGUUAGGGAUGGGGUCCACUAUCUGUCGUGUUUGUGCUUGCUAAAUAAUGUCAUUGACCCUUUCAGUAACUGUAACGUUUCGCUCAUCAUUUGUCUAGUCUUUGGUUCCUGCGUGUUGGAAGGUUCUUAGGUGAAGAAUGGCUGAUGCUGUGAAAGUGAUAUGAAUAACAAUGGACUCCUUUGCUCA